AUGCCGGCCAGCGGGGACAAGGACAGCGGAUCGACCACGGCAACCAAGUUCACGGAUGGCGCGUCGGAUGAGUUCGAGUUUGGUGGCUCGGCUGGCGCUGCUCUGCUGAUGACGGGCUUCCCCUUGCUCAUGUGGUACAUGUGGAUAGGGGCGACAUACUAUCAUGGCCAUCUUCCUCUGCCCGAGGCCAACCAGAGCUGGGCCGACUUUGGCCGUCACCUGGUUCACCUGGUCCACGAGGGCGCCUAUCCCACCGCCAAGGCCUGGGCCAUCUACUGGACGUUCUUCAUCUUGGAGGCCCUCAUGUACUGCUAUAUGCCCGGCGUCUCCAACUACGGCCGGCCACUGAGACACGAAGGCGGCAAGCGGCUUCCCUAUUACUGCUCCGCAUACUGCAGCUUCUAUGCGACGCUCGCCAUCGCGGCCGUCUUGCACCUCACCCGUGUAUUCCCCUUGUACACGCUCAUUGACGAGUUCGGACUCACGGGCCACCCCAUAUACGACUUCUUCAUGGGCGCCGAGCUGAAUCCCCGCAUUGGCAUCUUGGACUUUAAGAUGUUCUACGAGGUGCGCAUCCCGUGGUUCAUCCUGUUCCUCAUCACCUGCUCCGUGGCUGCUCGCCAGUACGAGACGUACGGCUACGUCUCGGCCGAGGUCGUCUUCCUAGCCGGCGCGCACUUUUUAUACACCAACGCCUGUGCCAAAGCCGAGCAGAUGAUCAUUACGAGCUGGGAUAUGUAUUUUGAAAAGCUGGGCUUCCUGCUCACCUUUUGGAACAUGGCCGGCGUGCCCUUUACGUAUUGCCACUGCGCUCUGUACCUGGCCAACCAUGACCCGGCCGAAUACCACUGGAACCCGUUCGCCCUGACAGCGCUCGCUGUUGUCUAUCUUUUCAUGUACUGGAUGUGGGACAGUGCCAACGGUCAGAAGAACGCAUUCCGCCACAAGGAAAAGGGCCAGCUCAUCAAGCGCAACACCUUUCCUCAAGUGCCGUGGCAGAUCAUCGAAAACCCAAAGACCAUCAAGACGGAUACCGGCGAUCACAUCAUGGUCGACGGCUGGUUUGCUUACAUCCGAAAGCCAAACUAUGUCCCUGACAUGUUCUUCUCCAUGUCGUGGGGUCUGAUCACCGGAUUCAAGAGCCCCUUCCCUUGGUUUUACUUUGUUUUCUUCAUGGUCAUGAUUAUCCAUCGCACAAGGAGAGAUAUUAUCAGAUGCCGGAGAAAGUACGGCGAGGCUUGGAAACGCUAUGAGAGAGAAGUCCCGUACAUAUUCAUCCCGUAUGUCAUCUAA